AUGGACAAUCUUCAAAGAACCAGAGACGAUGGCAGUGAUGACAGCGAGUCAUUUUAUUCGGCCGAAGAGCUUGAGAGUAACUCAAGAGAUGUCAGUGAUCAUGAGUCAUUCUACUCUGCUGAUGAUCUAUCCAGCGAUCAAGAUAUGGUGUCAGUAGAAGAUUUCCUAGUGCACGACGAGAUGGACAUGAAUGCGGACGUUACACAACCUGUUGAAUACUCUCAAGAUGACUACACAAUAAAUGAGAUGAACGAAUAUGAUGCCACUUCAGGCUACGGAACUGCCGAUGAGAGGGAAGUGUUUAACUUCUACAACCAUGCUGAGCAGCCAAUAUGUUUGCCGGGUGAAACAAUGAUCAAGAACGACAAACCCGACAUUCUUACGCUCGAAAUUGACUCUGGAUCGGACUCGGACAUAUACCACGAAAAGCCAGAUGUUUAUCGUCGAUCACCUUCGGUAAAGGUUAUGAGCCAGGUGGAAAAUACUCAACCCUUCCUCGGAAGCCCACGAGAUGGAGAGAUUACUGUACCCGAUGUCAUUUCCCUGGUGGGAGAGCCAUUUGUUGAAUUUGAUGGCACUAGACAAGUCAUCGUGAUUGAUUCUGAAGAUGAAGAAGAACCUGACUAUAUGCGCAAAAGAUACAAGAGCCCAGACAUCGAUGAUGAAGCGCCAGACGCUGAUUUACAACAAUCACCUUAUCAGAGGAAGAUGAAGAAACUCAAGGAAAUCGCCGAUAGAGCUAAUCAAUUUUCCAACAAGGUUGAUGAUGGCCCACUGCGAGUUAUGGAGCGUUGA